UCCUUGGACCCUGGAAGAUGAUAAGGUGCUGAACUGUCAUUUUUCUAGGGACAAAGGGAAAGCUGCACUGUAGGGAGAGCUCCACAACACUCCCAGCAGAAACCUGGGAUGGGGCAGAGGCAGGAACGAAACCUGAGGUGCAGCCUGGAGCUCAGCUUCCAAGGACAACAGCCGGCUUUUCCCAGCAGCACCAGCGGGUUUGGUGUGCUGACAUCCCAAAAAAAAGCAGGAUCAGACACUGUCCCCAGCACACAGGGCUUGCCACUCACCGAGAGCUUCUUCUCGUCCUGUCGCUCGUGUUGCUCCCGGCAUCCUUCACAGAUCCCGAGGUUUCACCCAUCCCUGUUUUCCCAAGUUAAUGAUUCAGACCGGCUGGAUCGCCGGGGGGCUGGCAGCCAGGCCCCAGCUGGCAGGCCAAGGAUGCUUGCCCUCUGGGGUUAAUCAUUCUCCCGGCUGCUGCCCCUGCCUCCAUAAAAACUCGGGGAUGGGAUUCCCGGUGCCGAUUCCCGGCAGGAGGAGGAGAGCCAGCUCCAGCAUGAGGGCAGCUCUGGCGCUGCUGCCGCUCCUGGCUGCUGCGCAGGCGCUACACCGAGGGAAAGCUUAUGUCCGGGAGAAAGUCUGCCAGGAGUACAAGAUCCUGGGAAAGGAGAACUUCAGAACCAUGACCAUGGUUGCCAACAGCCGCAAAUAUUCCAACGGCACCUUCGAGGAGAUCGGCAGCCUCGUGCGGGAAAUCGUCUCCCUGGCCGAGACCUGCUGCGCCGACGGGGCUGACCCCUCCUGCUACGACGCCGGGUCCACGGCGCUGUCGGUGAAGUCGUGCAGCGCGGGCUCGCCCUUCCCGGCGCAUCCCGGCACGGCGGAGUGCUGCGCGCAGCAGGGCCUGGAGCGCAAGCUGUGCCUGGCGGCGCUGCGGCACCCGGCCCCGCCCGGGCUGCCCCGCUUCCUGCAGCCCUCCGACAGGGAGCUCUGCCGCGCCUUCCGCGAGGACCCCCGGGAAUUCGCCGACAGGUUUCUCUAUGAGUACUCCAGCAGCUACAGCCAGGCUCCCCUGCCCGUGCUCCUGGCCUCCACCACCUCCUUCCUCUCCAUGGUCUCCACCUGCUGCAUCUCCCCUGCGCCCCACUGCCUGCUUCCUGAAGGAGAACUGGAGAGGAAAACCCUCUCCCUACUCACCCUGACGUCAAACCGGAUUUGCUCCCGCUUCUCGGCCUAUGGCAAGGACAAAGUCAGCUUCAGCUACCUGGCCUCGCUGGCCCAGAAGGUUCCCACUGCUCCCUUCGAGGACCUUCUGCCCCUGGCCGAGGGCGCUGCCGAGGUGUCCUCCCAGUGCUGCGACUCCCUGGCCGAGGACUGCAUGCAGAAGAAGCUCCUGGAGCACACGGCCAAAGUCUGUGCGGCGCUGUCGGCCCGCGACGCGCGCUUCGCCGCCUGCUGCAAGGGGAAAAACCUGAUGGAAAACCAUUUCUGCAUCCUGGCCAUGCUCCCAGCGCCGGCUCCCGAGCUGCCAGCGCUGCCCGAGCCCACCAACAAGGAGCUGUGUGCCAAGGACGGGGCUCUCCAUGCCACCAGGUUCCUGUUUGAGCUGGCCCGCAGGCACCCCAGCCUCCCCGACGCCGUCCUCGCCAAGCUCUACGACUCCUCUGGGAAACUCCGCGGGGAAUGCUGCUCUUCCAGUGACCCCUCCGCCUGCUGGGACAGCAAGCGCAAGCGGAUAGGAGCGGAGCUGCUGCCCUUCCUGGAAAAGGCCAACCAGCUCUGCGGGCAGCACAACCAGCUGCCUUUCCUCGACUUCAAGAAGAGGCUGCGCGACAGCCUGGCGCAGGCCGAGCCCCAGCCCGGCCCGGAGCAGCUGGAGCAGCUCCUGGAGCAGCGAGCAUCCUUCGCCUCCGCCUGCUGCCUGCCGGGCGCUCCGCCGCUGCUCUGCGCUUCCAAGGUGAGCUCGGAGCUGGGGGAGCUGUGCCAGAAGGGCUCCUGCCUGCUGGGAUAGCGGGGAUCGCUCCUCCAAGGAUGGCGCACGGACGGAGGAGCCCGAGCUGCGGGAACGCGCGGGAACGGCACGGGGGACAUCGGGAGGGAGCAUCGGGGAGCUGGGCUGGAGGAGGUCCGGCAGACGGGAGGGGUCCCCGAGCCCGCACCUUGUAUUCCUGCAGCCAAAAUAAAGAGAAGGAAAGCGCCCUGCAGGGAGCGCUUUGUGCGCCCUCGGGGCGGCGCGGAGGGUGGGACAGCGGCACAACUUCUCCUCCGCGGGCAGGAAGGGGUCCCAGCCCUGUCCCUGGCAGAUAAAGCUCUGAAAUGUAAGCGAAACCAGGGAAAAGACUCAUCAAACGUCCCCAAGGACAGCAGCCCGUGGGUGUUGGGGCAUUCAGCUGCCUGGAAGCAGCAGCAGCCUGAGAGGGACACCCCCAGCUCCCCACCUGCCCAGGCGAGCACGGCUGGGAAUUUGGGGGUGCUGCAGGCCACCAAGCCCCGGGUUGGGAUGCAGGAGGAUGGCAAAGCCAGCCCAGGAAACAGCAGGAAAAUCCCCAGAGCCCAGACGUGGGAGCUUUGUGUACCACAAACACGGCAAGGGAAGCGCCCGAGGACACCUGGGUGCGCAGAGAUGAACCAGAGCGAUAAAACAGAGCCAAACGCAAGCAGAACUCCCUGUUCAAGGCAGCUCGUGCCUUCCCUGGGAGCACUGGCAGCCCCUGGGUCACUGCCGAGUUCCCCUGGAGGGUGAGGAACAAGGUGGAUUGGGCUGGCGCCAUCCCUGUCCUCCUCCUGCCAGAGCCCCUCUUAUUGUGGGGUACAGAGCUGGGCACAAAGGGGAAACUGGUUUUUUUUUUGUUUGUUUUUUGCCCCAGGGACCCCACUGACCUGGGGCUGGACGUGCUGGUGCCAAGGCAUGGAUCCUCCUGUCACGGCCUGCCUUUGGCAUCUGUUUUCCAAAAUAUUGAUUUCCAAUUAUUUCUAAUGCUUUCCAAUCAGUAAGUUGGGUUUCACCUUGUUCUGUUGGGAUGAGUGACCCACAUGUCAUUCCUGUGCUCAGGUUUGCAUCCUUCACAUUCCAGAUUGCAGGGCAAGGGCUGAUAAUUCCAGUGACCUGGAAUUCCAAGGAAAACUGGGGAAAUGCCACUAAGCCAGCCAAAGCCAUCUCUGCCAGGUGACACCAUCACUGCUUAUGGGGGUAAAGCCACCCAAAAAUACCCAACUGCUGUUCAAAGCAACACAAAUCAUAAUCCUCCUACUAAAACGACCAGAUUUCCUUGGAAAGUUCGGGCUGCCCCUGCCUGAUUUCCUGCCAGCAUCACCUCCCCAGGGAUUCCAUCCACUCCUUGCCAUAAACCAGUUGGCUUUCCCACUCUCUGUUUUACCUGGGACUUUAAUUUGGUUUUUUGUAGCAAUUUUCCAGCUCUCAUUCCUCCUGCCCUCAGCCCCGUGACAUCCACAGGGAGGAUUCACCUCCUGCCUUUUCAUCCCACCGCCUCUCUAACCCAUUUCCAAAAAUGUAAGGGAAGCAGCAAAGUUCCUGA